UUCGAAUCUUUUUCCUUAACAUUAUCAGAAUUCAAUUCAGCCUCCGAGUAUAAAUCCUUUAAAAAACCUGUUUCCUUAACCACAGCCUUCAGUAUAUCAUGCAAAAACCUAAAAGGAGGCUUCUUCAAUAACUUUUCAGUUAAAGCAGGCUUUUUAACAAACUUUCCCAAUGUAUUUUGCGUUUUUUUUAUCAUCUCCGGACUCACUUCACCCGACAUUUUCAAAAAUUGGAGAUUGUUUUGAUCGUGUUGCUACGGCAACCAAACACGUGACUGUGACGUUUAAGACAUGCGCAGUCGCAACGGACGCGCCUGCAAAUCGAAAAGGCGUCCACCAUCUUUGUUCCCGUGAUUACGCGGUUGUCGACUUUUCAGGGGCUGCGUUUAUAGCAUAUUUUGGACUAAAUAUGGAGCAGACAGAGCAAGUUUAUCUUAAAGAAGAAAUCGUGGAAGAUGAUGAAGAUAGAAUUCAGUAUGUUGAAGAAGAGGAUGAAGAUGUGGACGAAAUUCACAGAACUGAAGAAAAUUCUGAGGUGCAUACUGUAGUUCAAGUACUGCAAAAUAUACCCAUAGAAUCCAUAGGAAAUCAAAAUAUAAUUCAGGAUUAUGUCAUACACAACUCCGAUGGAAAUCUUGCAUAUAUUAUAGAAAAUGUUGAGUAUGAGGAGGACGAUGUGCAUGAGGAAGUUGCAACAGUGGAAAUUGCAGAGGUGCAUGAGGAAGAAAUGGCAGAUGAUCCAGGUGAGGGACAGGAGGAGACUCAAGGGGAAGAGAUGGAGGUGAUUGAGGGCGAGGGUUUUCAGGAGGGCACAGACAAUGUAGAAGGAGAAGAAAAGGAGAUUUUCGAGUGUGAUAGCUGUUUUAAAGUCUUCAGAACAUCUGCUGCUUUGAAACGUCAUAUCACUGUAACCCAUUGCACAAAUGAUUCCAAUGAUGACCCACUAACAUUUCAACUAUGUGUUUGUUGUGGAGAACCAUCCGAUUCUGGACAUACAAUCGGCGACUUCAAGUGCGAAGAAUGUGGCAAGCUGUUCCUGCAGCAAAAUAACUUGGCGCGUCACGUGAGCGUUGAACAUCCACCUAAUAACGAAUACGUGUGCUCCGAGUGCAAAAAGAAGUGCGCGAACGUGAACGAGCUUGUCGAUCACAUGCGUAUCCAUCCCAUCAAGAGCAUCAAAUGCACCGGUUGCGACCGAGAGUUUACGAGGAAGUAUCAUCUGGAUCGACAUUUGUUUCAUACUGGUUGUAUGGGAACGGAGAAGAAGGCGUUUGAGUGCAGGGUAUGCUCUAAAAUGUUCACAAGAAAAGACAAUUUAGCUGAACAUUUAAGAGCGCAUGCUGGCCAAAAGAACAACAGAAAAGUUUUCCAUUGUGAAUUUUGCGACAAAACCUUCAAAGGUCUCCCAUUACUAAACAUUCACUUACGCACACACACAGGAGAAAAACCUUAUCCAUGUGAUUUUUGCGACAAAAAAUUCUCAUCUAGUGGGGCACAAAAGAAACAUCGUAGAAUUCAUACUGGAGAAAAACCCUAUAAAUGUCCAGCAUGCGGAAAUUCCUUUGCCGCCAAAGAAACCCUAAAUCGGCACAUGCGCGUGCACACCGGCGAAAAACCGCACGUUUGCCAGUUUUGCGGCAAGGCCUUUAUUCAACCCACUCAGCUGCGCGCGCACAUAUUCCAUCACACCGGUGAGAACGCGUACACUUGUCCGCACUGCAACAGGGCGUUUAAUAGACGUUUGAGGCUGACCACACACAUUAAAUAUGUGCACGAGGGCGCCAAACCUUUGGAGUGCGGCCAGUGUGACAAGACAUUUUUCAGAAAGGAGGAUUUGGCCAGGCAUACUUUGGCGCACACUGGGGAAAGACCGUUCUCGUGCAAUGAAUGCAACAAAACCUUUAUGUCAAAAUCCUCGCUACGCAUCCACAGCUACACGCACCGUAAAGAGCAACCGUGCAGCUGCGACACGUGCGGACGCGCCUUUAUCAGGCAGGACUGCCUGAUGCGGCACAUGCGCGCUCGUCAUCGCGAUGUGCUCGAAGACAUCAUGGUUAGCGCCGAAAAGAAAAGACUGCAACAGCAGCUUCUCAGUGCUGCCACUACGGCGGCGGCGAACAAAAAGGGCGGCAUCAGCGAGAGCAUCGUUUGGAACGAGUUUACUCUCACCGAGUCGAUAAAGGAGUUGCUUACAUUGUUGGUGGAUGAGGAUUGUUUGAAUGAAUUUGGGUACCCGGAUGCGCCGGUUGACAAAGUUUUAGAUUCUGUUAUAAAGAGGUGCGGGCAUAAACCCGCCUCGGAAGAAGAUUUCGAUUAUAUCGGACGACUGAGGGAAAAUGCGAAAUUACUUUUCACCGUUGUUAUUGAUGAUGAUGCUGUUAAAGAGUUGUUGAACAAUCAGACAGUGGACGAGGUUAUUUUGCAUGUUCUUAAGUUGGCAACAAAACAAAAUGACGGCGAGGCUAUGGAGGAAGCAGAGGGGGUGGGAAAAGAGGAGCCAGAAGAGAAAGUUGAGGUGGUAGCUUAAGUAUUUUUAUAUUUUAUUAUUAAAAUUUUUAAAAUGUAAGUGUCUACAGGGCUAAAUUAGUGAAACUUUUUCUACACGAUUUUCUAGAAUAUUUUAAAGUACUGAUGAUAUUUCUGGAUUUUUUACUGAUGAAAUUUAAAGGUAACUCUGACAACCCUGUCUGUUUAUUUUAAUUAAACAGAACUUUUUGAGAUUUAUUUUGGUCUAGGGUUUUAAUCAUUAAUUUUUAUCCCUGUACACAAUCAAGGACCCAUUUUUUUUUAAUUUAUUCUCACAUUUAGUACAUAAAAAAUAGUAUAGUAUCAUUUUGGGUAAAACCUAUAUUUAUUGCAUUAUUGAUUUUUAAUCUUUUCUUAAAAAAAAUCAGGGCUCGAUUUGAGGCGGAACGGAACGGAGUUGUGUUUUUUUACUGAUUUUGUUAAAUUACUUUGACACAUUUUUGUACCUACUUUUUUUGCAAAAUAAAAUAUGGAAUUAAAUAGAAUAAGAGCAUAUUUUUUUUUCUGUUUUAAUAUACAGAACCGAAUUUAAAACAAUUAAAUAUAAAUAAAGAUUAUGUAUUAUACAUAGGAAGGAAUAUAAUACAUUAUAUGUUAUAAACCAAAAGUCCAACUACAUUUAUCUAAACUAUACUUGGAGAUUUAUGAAAACUGUUUAAUUAAAAUAUCUUUCUGCUAAUAAAACCUGAGACAUUUUAAAUAAAUAAAAAUAAAAUGUGUCUACUGGUGUUAUUUAUAACAUAAUUAGUUAGCUUAUUAUUUAAUUUUUAAGAUAUGUAUUUUGUAUUAAUAUGUUUAAUUUAUUUAAAAAUGUUAAUUUAAUGUAGAUAUUGGGAAUUUUUAAAUUAUUUAUAUAGAGGUAGAUUUAUAAAUUAUUUUUAUCAAUCUUUAAAAAAUGUAUAUUGUAUUUUUAAUAAACUAUUAUAUAUUAUAUUUAUUUUCACAAAUAUGCCUUUUUUAAACCUUAUAUAGCAAUAAGGUAAGUAAUAAAUAAAUAAAACUAUGUUUAAUAAAUAUAAGCACAAAGCAUAUUAAAAUUAAAUUACAAAGAUUAUAAUUAUUAAGUUCCUACACUUAUCUGCAAAACAUGGAUUGUUAAAAUGAAUAUUUGUUGGUUAGUUAAAUUCUUAAUUUUAUUAGUUGCUUAUAAAUUUGUAUUUUUUUGACUUCAAAAAUCUAUUUUACACAAAAUAAUUCUAUCCUUAUAAAUAAUAUUGCAACAAAUGUUACAUUAGUACAUUUUCAAGGAAUGUAUAGUAUUACUCUGUACGCCUUGAGCAACAUGUAUAGGUAUGGUAGAGUAUAAUCUUAUUGGUAGACUCCACACCAUUGUUUCUAUAGGGACAUCAGAGGGAGCUUGCCAAUCAAAUUGAUCUAAAUCAGGGGUUGCCAACUGCUUAUUGGUACUGGUUACAAACUCAAAAUGCAGCCGCCACUUUAAACUCACUAAAAAACAAUUUUUUUGGAGAAGUAAAAACAUUGUUUCAUUAUUUUUUUUUACCUAAUUGUGUUGUAAACGCUGGUGUAACAUGUAAAGGUAUAGGCAAUAUUAAUUGUGUGUACUUAUAGCCUAAACAUACUUCGUGGUGUUUACUGUAUGUUAUAAUACGAACUUGUUUGGAAUUUUCGUUGUUUACAUCAAUAAAUGUUUCUUCUUCACAUUGUAAAGACACUGAGACUUGCAUACAAUUUACUGUAGCCACAGUAAAAUCAAAAGUCCCUAUAAUAUCUUCACCCAACUUAUAGGCUGGUUUAAAAAUGCAAAAUCUUGCAACUUUACCCCAAGUAUUUGAAAUCAUGUAGAAAUUUGGGUUUCUUCUGGCUGU